AUGUAUAAUUUUAGACCGUAUGGACAACCCGGACAGCCUGGACAGCCCAUUCGUCCGAGUUACAACAUGCUCUUUUCACACUUUAAGCAGCUCGGAUACAGCGACGAGUUGGCAGGAGCGGAAGCGAACAGGAUCAUGUUGCAAACGAACGCAUACAACCAAAUGGCAGCCCAGCCAGCCCAGAAUGUGCAAUACGCACAAAACCCAUACCAAAAUUUGAACUACAACACAGCGCAGAACUAUCAAUUCAACAGCGCCUAUGGGCAGCAACAGUUUCAAAACGUGCCGAACCACAUGGCAGUUCAGCAUCAGGCACAGCUUCUGCAAACGAACGCGCAGCAGAACGUACAGCACACGAACUACGAUAAGAACAACUUGCUGAGUGGAGUGAAGAUAUCGUCGAGACCCUCUAACGUUUCACCGUUCGCUCCAGCAAAUCAAAUUAGUACUCAAUCGCAUAACAACCAGAUACAGAUUAAACUGAAUCAACAAGAAGUUAAGCCGGCUCCGAUGGGUUUCCACGAUAACGUGGCGAGAAAUGUCACCCAGAACACCAAUUACGGUACUACGAACGCCCUUAAUAUAAACUAUCAAGCGCAACAGCCUCAACAUAAUUUCGGAUAUCAGACGAACCAGCCUACAACAUAUAACUACAAUCAGCCUCCGAAGACACAAUCGUCGAACGUGCAGUACCAGAACACUUCAUAUAACCAGGGGUCGGCGAACAGUAAUCUGUCGAAUAUGUUCUACAUUGAUACGAAGGGGCAGAAGUUUAAUCAGAACACGCAGCAACAGUCGAAUCAGAAAUUGACGAUAGACCAGGUGAACAAGUGGAUACAGCAGCUGUACGUGCACUUGAACAUGACGACGUGUUCUAAGAAGCUUAGAGCGGCCGUGAAUGUGUACAUACAAUACAUCUUGGAAAAGUUCAGGUCAGGAAGUUUGAAUCACAGUGACUUGAGGAUGUUGAGUUCGGAGGAAAUACUUAAUUUUGAUCCGAAGCAAGAAGGAAAACAGCCAGAGUCUGUUUUGGAGACGCACACAGAGAAGAAUAAGCUGGAAACAGACGAGGAGGAAAGCAGAAAGUCGCUUCACACGUUAAAGGGGAAGAAGAAGCAAGUUAAGUCUAAGAAGAUGGAGGAGCCGCCAGUUCAAAAGCCAAAGCUUGAACAGACGCAGAAAGGACUGGACAGCCGCGAAAUGCAAAGGAGAGAGCAGAGGUCACAACGUUUUAAGACGUCACAGGCAGUGCCAGUUUAUAAUUUUAACCUUGUAAAGAAUAAGUCGAUCGUCGGUGUUAGCCAGGAGUUGGAAAAAACAUACCUAAGGUUGACAUCUGAGCCAAAUCCAAUGAUGGUGAGACCGGAGAGCGUGUUGAAGAAGUCGUUCAAGCACGUUUUCGAUAAGUUCAUGGCGAACAAGAAUUAUGUGUACAUACAAGAGCAGUUUAGAUCGAUAAGACAGGACAUACAAGUGCAGCACAUAAGAUCGCCCUUCGUAGUGAAUGUGUAUACGACAAAUGCUAGAUUAGCAUUGUUGCACAACGACCUGGACCAGUUUAAUCAGUGCCAAACGCAGUUGAAGCACCUGUUGAAGUGUUUCCACGAGUACCAGACAGUGAAGAUUGAAUUUGAACUGUACUAUAUGUUGUACCUAUCGCUGCAAAACAUGACGAUGGACUCUUUGAGAUACCUAAGUUUAUUGAAAGUGACAUGUAUGGCCACAGGUGAAAACUACGUUACAAGUCAAAGUGACACGAAGGGAAUAGCGUCGGAAAGGGACAGGUUUAAAAACAGCACGUACUUCAACUUCGCAAAUCUAGUCAGAAGGUCAAUAGCUGACGAGAAUUUCAUCCAAUACUUUAAGCUGGCAGACACAAAGGACAUCAACUACGACUUCUUCUUAGACUUCAUAUAUAAGCAAGCGUUUUAUUGCGACGACGGGAAAAAGGACAUUGAGCCAUUCAACGAUGGAAAGUCACUGUUCUACUGUAAACUACUAUUUAAAAUGUUCGAAAGCAAGUUUAGAAUGUUUUCGCUCUAUACACUCUGCAGGAGUUCCCUAACCAUUUCAACUGAUGUGCUCGCCAAUAUCAUAAAUUUUAAGGAUAUGAAUGAGUGUUUAGAAUUUCUACGUGAACACAAGGCAGUUUUCAAUGAAAAUGGCCUUAUUGACUGCAAGAAGACGUUGAGUGUCAUUGUAGAGUCUCCUCUAAUGAGGAGUAAAAAGAUAUAA